UUACAUAUGUAUAAUUUGAUUAUCUAUUUGUCACUUGAAUAUUAGCUUCAGUUCUUGUAUUAAAUUUUAAACGACUCAGCAUAUAUAACUAACCCUGACAUCUUACAGAUAUAUUUAGAGCAAAAAGAUAAAAAAAAAAUCAGAAACAGAACUUAGAUAUUUAUGUAUUACCUGAAUGAGAAAGUGCACAUGUGAGGUUCAGUUAUAUGCGAUAUAGCUUAAUUAGGCCAGUGAACAAUAUAAAAGUGUUACAACUUGAAUUAGGUUCUCUUAAGUGGUUUAGGUUCAUCCAAAUAUGCAUGUAUCAUUCUUUUUCAUUUUGUACCAAGAAUAUCACAUGGGUCGGCUUUGUUCCGAGCCAGACAACAUUGUUCUUUUCUUCUUUAUAUGGUGUAAUAAUAGGUUACAACUUACAAAUUUUCGUUUAAGAAAAAAAGUUCCCUAACUACUUUUUUCUUGUGUUCUAAUUUUUAGAUGAAAGACAUCAAUACGCAAUAGGCCAAUCAUAUUUCAGAGAUCUAUACAGAUGGCAACCCCAAAUUCUAUAUCUUGAACCGAAGUUAGUUUAAUUUGUUUUAGUUUAAAGUUUUAAAAUCUACAAAAAAAAAAAAUCAAUUCACACACACGUUAACAUUGUUCUUUUUUGCUUCUUAACUUUCAUAUACUUACACAUAGAAACAUUAUUUUUGAUCUGAGUUGAUAUCAUAGUUCGUUUGUGUUCUUGAACUUGAGUUUAGGUUCUCCACAUAACUCAAGUAAUGCUAUUUUUUUUUUUUUUUUAACUCAACAUCAACUUUUCAAUUCACCAACAAGGAUACAACUGAUUAUGACCUCAACAGACUUAAACCAAAUACUUGAAGCUAUCUAGUAUUGCCCUAAGUCACUUGAUUGGACCUAACGCUACUUGAUCAAGCAAUCAAAGUAUUUUUUCGACCACACUGAGAUUGACUUCACUCCAAGACUCGAAGUGAAUCAACUCUUUGACCCCUAAAAUUAGACCUCUAGACACGACAGUACUUACUAACACAGUGGCAACAAACCUAAAUCGGCAAACAAUACAACUCAAGCUAAUGGGCCCUAAUGAUAAGCGUGACGUUCUUGGCCCAACAGCAAACUCCGCCGAAGGCGCACACCGAGAAGGACUCACUACCACCGGCUUUCACUACUCCGUUCCUCAGCCACAAAACGAACACGAAGUCCGACUGAAAGUGCGGGUUCGGAAAUGGACACGAACCGGUUUAACAGAUUCAGAAGUGUGGAGCUCGAACCGCCGGGAUGAGACCGAAGUCACUUUCCGGACGCUGGGAUGUCGACCUCCGCCACACACCGCUGCUAGGUUGACUUCUCCGGUUGACCACUCCAUCGUCGUCGCCCUUGAUGCAUGUUGUCACCGAGAACCAGUAGACAAACCUCUGUACACAAAUCGUCGGUCCUCUCCUCUGUUUUGCUCACCGCUCCGUGGGACCAGAGAACUAAGGUGGAGGAGGCGUCUUGCCAAGCCCACGCGCCAAGACCGAGAUGGAUUCGCCGUAGAUCUGAAAUUGGAAAACUAGAUCUGGCAAACCCAAACCCUAAAAGCCGACUCCCUCCCCUUCUACCGUUCGACGAGCCUCGCCGCUACUCCAAGGAUAGCCUGAGCCUUACGGCGUCGCCCACCCAAAGUGGAUCUCCGACUUGACCCGACAAAACCAGAGUCGCAAGCAUAUCGGCAAGGGAAGAGGCUUCAAGGGAGAGAGCAAAAGGAAAAAGAGAGAUAAGGGGAAGAGGAGAACCUCCGGCGCCGGAGAAGCCGGGCCGGAGUUAGGGAUUCUUUACGAUUUAAGAGAGAGGCGAGAGCUUUUGGGUUCUAGAGAGAGGUUUUUUUAUCAAGUAAUGCUAUUUACUUCAGUUGAAACUCCUCUUUCCUUUUAUACUACAAUCUCUUUAUAUAUAUAUAUUUAUGUGCAACAUACACAUAGAUGACUUGGUCUAAUCUUACAUUGUUGCUUACUUGCUUAUAUAUAGUUUCUUUUUCCCAUCUCGUUUACAUCUCAUUAUACGGCCAUUUGUGUUUCAAAAAAAAAACGGCCAUGUUGAUUUUUCUUUUCCUAUGUUCGAAGAGAGAUAUGCACCAAAGAAAGGCAACGCUCUUAAAUUGAUUCUUGUAGCCACUAAGGAACCACCACGUAAGUCCAGAGCGUACUUCCUAACUAGGUCAACUAUCGCUGCAUUGAUAAUUACUUGAUUAGCUUUUAGGACAUGUGUCGAUUUACGGUUGGUUGAUAGCUGGCACCUAAAUUUGUUUAUGCGAUUAAAAUCGGCGUGACGCUGCAUAUGAGGACAAGUUGACUAUGCUAAUGACUCUUUGGGGUUACUCGAGAAACAGCCAGACACUUGGCCUUGUCUUAUUAGAUUUAUUUCCUUAAAUAGAAUUAUUAGUUGCUUUCGUACCAACCUAAUCUGCAACAUAUUCUAUAAAUAGAAUUUUAAUUUAUUAGACGACCAAAUCUUAUUGGAUCCGUUCUUUCCUCACCCCCACGAUUUAUUUUAUUUAUACAGUGUUCACUAAAAUAUCGACUAAUUUGACAAACAAGUUUAUCACUACUGAAUGCUUUGAAAUUAUCAGAUUACCUAAAGAUUUCUUCGUAAGAUCAUAUGGAAUAUCACGUUUCUGGAAAAGAAGAAGUCUAUUACAAUUGGUACUUACUUUAACGGGGUAAAGUAUAUUUUAGCAAAAUAGCUUUGAAAGUUCAUCCUAAACGUACAUCUUGUUAUUUACUACGUCUAGAUAUACUAAGUUGGAUACGUAUUUGUUAUUUCGUCAAAACUGCAUUCUCAUUGUCACCCUAAUUAUUAACUGCAUAAGAAUGACUUAAGUAUUUAAUUACGUUAAUCAACGAUACGAUUAGUAGAAAACAAUAUUGCUGAUAUAAAUCAACAAACCUUUAAAUGGAUAAGAGUACGUUUAAACACUACCACAUUUCGGUUUGUUUUGAGGCAGCAGAGGUUGUUAAUAAAAAAAAGACCAUAAUGUCAUUGUAUUAUCCUUUGCAUAGUUUUUUUUUUUCGUUGAAUAUCAUUUGCAUAGUUGAGUUUACCAAACUAUAAGAUUGGCUUAAUUUCGUUCAUUAUACGUACCAUCCCACAUGGUCUUCGAAACGAGAAAAAAGGAUGGAGUAUUGAAAGUAAUAAACAUACAUUAAAGUCCAUGGCAAAGUACGAUGUUUUAAAUUGGUUUAGUAACCUACUCCAUAUUGUAAUAGUUUAUGUUUUUUAAUUUGAAGGCCUUUAUUCAAAAAAACCUAAUAUCUACUCUCUAUUUUCAAUAUUGACUCUUUACCUCGUUAGGCACCGCUUGUCAAUAGUAAAUAUUUGACGAAUAAGGAAACAUGAUUAAAUUAAGAACCAAUAAGAGUAAUAUAUUCAUGCAUUCCUGGGGAGUUGUUUUUUAUAAGGAUUAAUAUUAUAGGUAACUUUAAUAAAUGAAUUGGUGUCCAGUCAUCAGAAUUUCAACAAUUAAUUACUUGUAAUGACAUGCACCGACCUGUUUAUCAAAGUCUUAAAAAAUAAAUGAAUUGAUUAAUACCGAAAAAUGGCUAUCAUCAAUAACUCUUGAAUCAAACAAAUAUAACUUCAUAAUUUAAUUUUUACUCGGUGACAGUCUGCCAUCAUUCACUGCAUAACUUAACUAACGAUUUUUUUUGUUAUUCUCUGAAUUUUCAUUAUAACGUUAGUAAUUAUUCCACAACGCCAGAUUCAAUGAACCAACACUAAGGGAAGACUACUAUUUAUAAGAUUUCCAGAUUGAAAUCUAUUUUUUAAUAUUGCUUGAAAUACAAUUACGUUUUAAAAGAGAAAAAACCCAAAAAAGAGAAAAAUAAUUUUCUUUUUAAAAGGAAAUAUGCUAAACAACCAGCCAAGAUGCGUUACAAAUUUCUCCUCUCACAGAAUAAGGACACAUAAUUAUUUUAGUUACUCAUAAAUAAAAUGUGUAUAUUGAAAAUCGAUUAUUUUCACCAGAAAAUUAUAUUUAUCUAGUGCCAUUUAGUUUCUCUCAGUCUCCUUAAUCUCUCUCCUUAACUUCUCUUUUUACUAAUUACCCUCCCUCUUUCUCUCUCUGCAUGUGUAUAUAUAUAUUUUCUGAACUCAUAUCUUGAAAACAUUCAAGAUCGAUCAAAAUAAGAAAAAAUCAUUUGAGAAACACAUGUUUACGAUUAUUUGAUUUUUUAUUCCAGGAUCAGAUAUUUGCUUUUAUUUUGGGGUUUAAGGUCUUUUGGGGGACAAAAAAAAGAUGGAAACUAUUGGUGGGUUUCACAAGGAAGAUGAUGAGCAGAUGGAUUUGCCUCCUGGGUUUAGGUUUCAUCCAACAGACGAAGAACUCAUAACCCACUAUCUACACAAGAAGGUUCUCAACAUUGAUUUCUCGGCUAAAGCUAUUAGCGAGGUGGACUUGAACAAAGCUGAACCAUGGGAGUUGCCGUAUAAAGCAAAAAUGGGUGAGAAAGAAUGGUACUUCUUCUGUGUGAGGGAUAGAAAGUAUCCAACCGGUCUGAGGACUAACCGGGCAACUCAAGCCGGUUAUUGGAAGGCAACCGGGAAGGAUAAGGAGAUUUUCAGAGGCAAAUCACUUGUUGGUAUGAAGAAAACACUUGUUUUCUACAAGGGAAGAGCUCCAAAAGGGCAUAAAACAAACUGGGUGAUGCAUGAGUUUAGGCUUGAUGGGAAACUCUCUGCUUACAACUUACCCAAAACCGCUAAGAAUGAAUGGGUGAUAUCCAGAGUGUUUCAUAAAACUGAAGGAGGCAAGAAGAUCCCACUUUCGGCUUUAAUCCAAAUUGGUUCGUAUGGAGGGUCCAAUUUACCACCUAUAACCGAUUCUUCACCAUACAAUGAUAUAACCAAGACCGAACCGGUUUACGUGCCCUGCUUCUCCAACCAAACCGAAACCAGAGGAACACUGCUCAGUUACUUCAGCAACUCCGCACUUUGCUCAAUUCCACUCUACCAACCUCAAUCUCUCCAGGUUUUCGAGAAUCUACAGAGUACUCAUCAGAUUCUUACUCAAGAACACUCCGUUUCUCAUCAAGAAGUUCCUUCUUCCUCCGCCGGUCCAAUUGAUCUUGAAUCUUUCUUGAGUUACUGAAGAUACAUAACUUAUAGCGUGGUGUUGCUAAGUUUGUAUAGAUUGUUAUAUAUCAAUACUUCACACUCCAAAUGAUUUUCUAUUAUUAUACUCAACUGAAACUUACUACUAGAUAUUGGAUAGAAAGAAGGAGAAGCAUCAAAUAUUCGUUAAAUU